UUUCUUCUGGAAACGGUUAUAUUCAGUGCUACAAAUGGGCAGAGUAAGAGGGACAAUGUCAAGAACAGUAAAAACUCGUGGUGGUGUUGGGAGAGGUGCCGUACCAGCUUUGCGGUUGCCGCCAAGAGUGAUAGGUGAAAAUAAUGAGUCCCUGUAUGCCAUAGUACAAAAUAUGACAACAAAAGCGUUAAACGCUUAUUUUAAAAAAUCAAAUGAGGAAAAAAAUGAUGGAAAUAAGGAAAAUGAUGUAAAAGAAAAAAAAGAGGAAGAGGAAGAAAAAGUACAAAAUAAGAAGAAGGAAUAUGUGACAAACGAUGAAGAAGAAGAAGAUGAAGUUGAUGAAGAAGAAGAAAAAAUAGAGAAAAUUAAAGUGAAUGAUAAAAAAAAAAAGUAACCAAUUCAAAGAACCAAAAAUCAAAUACUAAUAGUUUGGAGGAACGUCAAAAAUAUGAUGAUUAUAGUCUUGACCAUCAAUAUGAUCAUUAUGACAAUUAUCGAAACGUUCCUCCAAACUACAGGUAUAAUAAUUAUAAUUACGACCGUA